AGGCUUCACGUCCAAACUUUGAUGGCUCUUCUGUUCUCUUUUCUGGAUAAGGAAAGAGAGGCUUUUGGCGCUUGUUUCCUGCAAAAAGAUGGAAGCAACUAAGUCUAGAAUAUAUCCUUUCCUUAUUGUUUUAUUGUAUGCAUAUACAUAUAUAAAGAAACCUGUUGGUAAUUGUUGUCAUGCUUUGUGGUCCAGAAGGGUAGCAUCAACAAUUGGUUAGAUUAUCCUAUUAAACAAUUUCUUAUUUGUUCUUCACCUAUAGGGUUAGAUUGUUUUUCAAGUGCUAUUUUCUUUUUCAAACAUACAACUUUCAAGUCCUGAAUGCAAAUUUCCUUCCCAAAGAAGUCCAUAAUACAGGUUGAUGAACAUGAUUGUAAAGUUCAAUUUGGGAGGAGCUUGACUGCAGUAAGAGUUUUUAUUUUUGAUGGCCAAGAACUGCAGUAAGAUGAAUGAUGUAUGAAGAACUCAACAUUGUGGUAGCACAAGGCAUUGAUACUUCACUCAAUCUCCAGCUGUUGAUAGCAAUCAAGGAGAUUUAUCUCAACCAAUCGUGAGUGCAUCAUCACCUGCUGCCACCGAUUGAAAAGACAAUUGAUUCAAUAAAGUGAACAAUGAAAAAGUUAGGCAACUGUAUAUCCCAAGAAAAGCUUACUGAUAACUUUGUUCCAACUUAUCUCACCUCCUUAAGCUUUCUUUCUGCUCCAAAAGCUCCUGCUGAAUUGAAUGCAAAAGUUGGCACUUCAAAGAUGGUGAAGCUAACCUUGGUUGGAAGGUUGAGGGAUGGACUGCCUUUGUCACAAGCACCAGCUCACUUGAAUGAAGAUAAUCUUGUCUUGUCAUCCUACAAGUAUAAGGCAGAGCUUGUGCUCAAGGAGAUCUCAAGAGGAGCCUUGACAAACCCCAAGAUGACAGUCCUUAUUGAUCACCAUUGUUUCCAUUGUCUAGUUGGAGAUGGAAUUUGCUGCAUCACCCUAUGUGAGUCAUGGUACCCAAGGAAAUUGGCAUUUUACUAUCUUCAGGAUCUCCGAAAUGCACUUGCAAAGGUUGAUAGGAGAGUUUUAGAGUCAUUCUCAGAGCCAUAUGCAUUUAAAAGAUUUGAUUAUGUCAUUGGCAAAAUCAGAGAGAGAUAUCUGGACACAAGAACACAGGAGAAUUUAUUUAAGUUGAAUUCUGAUCGCCGAAAUGAUCCUGAUAUUGCAACAGAGGAAUUAGCCAACAUAAUGAGGAGCUGCCAUUCAUCAGGAUCUGAAGCAAGAACAUCUGCCAAUGCUCAGACGAAGUCGACAAUUUGGAGCUCACAAGUUCUCGAGGUGAUUGCCCUGAAAUGGACACCAAUAACAAUUAUUGCGGUCGUAAUUGCAAUCCUCGUUUGGACGCGUAUUGUCCUGAACGAGUACGAUACGUUAACAGCAUGGUGAUUUGAGGUAUAUAUCCAUCCUGUGAUGACUCAAAGAUCCUCCAGGGAGUCAUGGAGAAGAAGAGUGGAGAAUGGAAAUGCUCUGGUUCAUGAAGAACCUCUCUUUCUCAACAAAGCAAGUCAUCACUUUACUGUAAUGGUUAACUUGCUUGUCAGCUACAAUAACCAUUGAGAGAAUUGAUGUUAUACAACAUGAUUGUUAAUAUUUCCUGAGAGAAUUUGGAUUCUGCAAUUUCAUUAAAUUGAGUUGA